AUGGCGCUUUCCAACCUGUCCAAUUACUUGGAUGAGGUCGAUAACUACAGCGACUACACAGAUUACACCUACGAGGAGACCAGCAGCAUGUGGGCAGACCCAGCCCACGACCCCAGUGACAUGGCAAGGAUCCUCUCCGUGGUCAUCUACAGCGUGUCCUGCGUGUUGGGCAUCCUGGGGAACGGCCUGGUCAUCGCCAUCAUAACCCUGAAGAUGAAGAAGUCAGUCAACGCCGUCUGGUUCCUCAACCUGGCCGUGGCCGACUUCCUCUUCAACAUCUUCCUGCCCUUCAACAUCGCUUACACGGCCAUGAGCUACCACUGGGUCUUUGGGACGGUCAUGUGCAAGCUGAACUCCUUCCUCCUCAUCCUCAACAUGUACACCAGCGUCCUCCUGCUCACCACCAUCAGCCUGGAUCGCUACGUGUCGGUGGUGUUUCCCGUCUGGGCUCAGAACCACCGCUGCCCCAGCCUGGCUUACCUGGUGUGCCUGGGGGUCUGGAUCGUGGGCGUCGUCAUGAGCUGCCCCUCCCUGAUCUUCCGGGACACGGCCCAGGCCCACAGCUCCGUCAUCUGUUUCAGCAACUUCUCCCUCUCCAGGAAUGCUUCCUACCGAGCCCUGGCGCUGGUGAGGCACCGGACGGUGAACAUCACCAGGUUCCUGGCCGGCUACGUCCUGCCCAUUACCGUCAUCACCUUCUGCUACGUCGCCAUCGCCUUCAACUUGCGCCGCAACCGCCUGGCCAAGUCCAAAAAGCCCUUCAAGAUCAUCGUCACCAUUAUAGUCACCUUCUUCCUUUGCUGGAGUCCCUACCAUCUGCUGAACCUCCUGGAAACGGAGCCUGACAUGAUCCCACGCUUCGUGUUCGAGAUCUUCAUCCCCAUCACCACGGCGCUCGCUGCCUCCAACAGCUGCAUGAACCCCGUCCUCUACGUCUUCAUGGGCCAGGACUUCAAGAAGUUUAAGGUCACCAUCCUCUCCAGACUGGUGAAUGCCCUCAGUGAGGAGACAGGCCACUCCAGCAUCGUUCACAGGAGCUUCUCCAAGAUGUCUUCCAUGACUGAGAAGGAGACAACGGUCCUCUAA